GCGGAACCCUAAUAUAAGAUUUGGGUUCGGCACAUUAGCCACGGCUUCCUUGCCCCCUCUCAUUUCCGAUCGUCGCCAUGGCUUCCGAGAAGAAGCUGUCGAACCCGAUGAGGGAGAUCAAGGUCCAGAAGCUCGUCCUCAACAUAUCGGUCGGUGAGAGCGGUGACCGUCUCACCAGAGCCGCCAAGGUCUUGGAGCAGUUGAGCGGGCAGACACCAGUGUUCUCAAAGGCAAGGUAUACUGUCAGGUCGUUUGGGAUCAGGCGUAACGAAAAGAUUGCGUGCUAUGUCACUGUCAGAGGUGACAAGGCAAUGCAACUCUUGGAGAGUGGAUUGAAAGUGAAGGAGUACGAGUUAUUGAGGAGAAACUUCAGUGAUACUGGCUGUUUUGGUUUUGGCAUACAAGAGCACAUUGAUCUCGGGAUUAAGUAUGACCCAUCGACGGGUAUCUAUGGAAUGGAUUUCUAUGUGGUGUUGGAACGUGCUGGUUAUCGUGUGGCCCGUCGUCGGCGAUGCAAGUCACGUGUUGGAAUCCAGCAUAGGGUUACCAAGGAGGACGCCAUGAAGUGGUUCCAGGUCAAAUACGAGGGUGUUAUCCUCAACAAGUCUCAAUCAAGCACUGUUUAAGAUCUCCUAAUCUCCCAGAACCUUGUUCUUCAAACUGUAGUUUCACUAGUCUUGUUAAAACAGUUGACUUUAUAGUAUGCCAUGGACUUGUUUGCUUUUCCAGUUUUUGAUCUGUAACCUGAGCAUUUUGAUCACAAAGUAUGAAGAUUAAUUUUUAUACUA